AUGUCGUUCUUCACGCUGGACACGUUCCAGCAGUACCACCAAGAAGUUGGAGCAGCGAUGGCGCCCAAGCUCGAUUCGAAACCCGAUCGAGCAGCAAACCUCUCAGCUAAAGCUACCAGCGAACUAGAUCCGUUGUCUGCUCUAAAUCUUGCGCGUGCUGCAGAUCCUUGGCUUGGAAACUUACUAUUGACGUCUGCAGCAUGUAGCUAUCUUGAUAGCUCCGAAGGUUCUUCGGCUUCUGCUGUAGCCGCAACUUCACUGAAAGUGGUCGCUGUUGAUCAUCCUGACGAAGACUGGGGGGAGUUUUGA